AUGGCACGCCCAAUUGGAUUCUCCGCCUUCUACAGCCGGCUAUGGCGCUUUCUAGCUGUGCUUGCACUCGUUGUUGUCCUUGCACAAGCUACAGGUACAUCGGACAAGGCUGCCACGGGCGAGCUGACGGUGCCCCAGAUCGAGGAGAAGCUGCAGAAACUCGCCAACGCCCCUGAGACUGCCAGUUUGACAUCUAGGGUCUUUGCGGUUUUGUUCCCUGGCAGUCCUGCUGUGAAUGCCAUUCUUGCUACCAUCUACAUCUCUGGACCUCCCAACUUCCUACUGGCAUUAUGUCCCCCGAACAUCGACCCAUCUUCCCUCUCUAUAAUGGUAGCCUUUGCCGUUGGAGGCCUGCUAGGAGACACCCUCUUCCACCUACUACCUGAAAUAUUCCUGGGAGAAGACUCGCCAGAGCACGUGCGGUUCGUGAUGGUUGAGCCAAACAAGAAUUUAAUUCUCGGCCUGGCGAUUCUCGUUGGUUUCGUGACUUUUGUGGCCAUGGAUAAAAUUCUCCGGAUUGCAACUGGAGGGGAAGGACACCAGCACGGUCACUCGCAUGAGCACGGCCAUAGCGAAGAUUCUGGACUAGUGACAGCCACAGGCGUGUCGGCCGGGGAUGAUAAGCACGGUAACCUGAAGCGGCGGAAACAAGCAGCGGGUUCUGCUGGUGCCGCCUCGGAAGAUCAACCAGAGACUGGGCCAAGUAACAACCCCAGCGUCAAGUUAGGAGGUUACCUGAACCUGAUUGCAGACUUUACGCAUAAUAUCACUGAUGGACUAGCUAUGUCUUCGUCCUUCUACGCCUCUCCCACUAUUGGUGCAACUACGACCGUCGCAGUCUUCUUCCAUGAAAUACCACAUGAGGUCGGUGAUUUUGCCCUUCUGAUCCAGUCUGGCUUCUCCAAGCGUAAAGCCAUGGGUGCUCAGUUCGUUACGGCCAUCGGCGCGUUUAUCGGGACUUUCAUUGGAAUCGCCAUCCAGGAAUUCGGGGGCGGUGGGUCUUCAUCCACAGUAUCUGGAGUAGCUUCUCCAGGCUUGCUAGGAACAAGUCUUACAGUUGGUGACUUGCUACUACCAUUUACGGCUGGAACGUUCCUUUACGUUGGAACGGUAGCGGUUAUCCCAGAGCUGCUGGAGACAGGUAAGGAUAAAGGAGUGGAGACCAGAAAGACCCUGAUGCAGUUUGCUGCCAUGGCUGCCGGAGCCGGUAUAAUGUUGCUGUACGUCUAUCCAUUUCUUAUUCAUGACUUAUUCUUCAGUUGCUAA